CAGUGUCUGAAAAUUGAAGUGACGAAACAUGUCUCAAUCAGGUGAAAAAGUAAAGUUCUCUGACUCAGCAGGCUACGUGGGAUUUGCUAAUCUGCCUAACCAGGUCCACAGGAAGUCUGUAAAGAAGGGCUUUGAAUUCACACUAAUGGUGGUUGGUGAGUCUGGUUUGGGCAAAUCCACUUUAAUUAACAGUCUGUUCCUGACCGAUCUUUAUCCAGAACGUUAUAUUCCUGGAGCUGCAGAGAAAAUAGAGAGAACAGUUCAAAUUGAAGCUUCUACAGUAGAGAUAGAGGAACGAGGGGUCAAACUACGUUUAACAGUAGUUGACACACCAGGAUAUGGAGAUGCCAUUAACAGCCAGGACUGCUUCAAAACAAUUAUCCAGUACAUUGACAACCAGUUUGAAAGAUACCUUCAUGAUGAGAGUGGUCUAAACAGGCGCCACAUUAUAGACAACAGAGUCCAUUGCUGCUUUUACUUCAUUUCUCCUUUUGGGCAUGGGCUGAAACCAUUAGAUGUAGAAUUCAUGAAGGCUCUUCAUGGAAAAGUCAACAUUGUCCCUGUGAUUGCCAAGGCUGACACACUGACACUGAAGGAGAGAGAGAGGCUGAAGAGAAGGGUUCUGGAUGAGAUUUCUGAACAUGGUAUUAGGAUUUACCAGCUCCCUGAUGCAGAUUCUGAUGAAGAUGAAGAAUUUAAAGAACAAACCAGGGUUCUGAAGGCCAGCAUCCCCUUUGCUGUUAUUGGAUCCAAUCAACUUAUUGAAGUGAAGGGGAAAAAAAUCAGAGGCCGUCUGUAUCCUUGGGGAGUUGUUGAAGUUGAAAAUCCAGAGCACAAUGAUUUCCUCAAAUUGCGCACAAUGCUGGUGUGAGUAAUGGCAAAACUAUCCCAUUUC